AUGCCCGAACAGGAACUGCCUCUUUUCGAUUACAACGAAGUUCAAAUCGGGGAAGCACUCGGUUCUUAUGAAUAUCUGCUGACCCAGGACAUGGUCGACUUGUACCGUCGAGCUGUGGACGACCCCGAUGCGGUGUUCCCUACCAUCGCGGUGAAGCACGACGCAACCUCGUUGGCGAUGGCCUAUGACGACCAGACCGGCGGUGUCAACGCCGGUAACGAGAUCGAUUUGCACAAUACGCCGAUUCCGGGGAAAAAAAUCCGCGUUACGGGGCGUAUUCAUGACAAAUAUAUCCGACGCGAUAAGCCGUAUCUGGUCAUAGAGGCCACCGCUAUGGAUGAAGACGGCCGGCUGAUCGAAAAAAUGCGCACCUACCAGCUCAAAAAACCGGAGGAAUUGGGAAAGAAAUGGCAUCCGCAAGGUUAG